AUGGUGAUGGGGAUUCCUUGGAAGGCAAGAGGUGGUGCAAAGAAAGAAGAUUUGCUGCCAGAACCGCCUACCGAAGAAGAACGACUGGCUUGGAGCACUCGUAAACAGUCUCUCAAACAACUUAUCAGGGAUACUCAGGACAAAGCAAUGAAAAAAUACCUCGCAAAGAAAGCAGCCGGUUUCCAACCCAAUCGAAAACAACGUAAAAUGAUCAAGGACGACGCUUGUGAAGAAGCCGCGCUUAAAGGAGCUAUGAGACCAGUGGUGUUCCGUUUGAGAAUGGCAUCCGGUGGUAUCUCACGUUAUCCACAUCACUUUGGCUCGCAAUGCGAGGCAGACCUGGCUUUGGCAGGUUUCCCUCGCUGUACUUUUGAUUGGGGGGCUUCGUACGACACGCCCUGGAACUCAGCAACUUCAAGCAUCAUUCUGGCAAAUUGGGUUAAGGCCUUCAACGCGAAUGCAGCAAAAGGUUUUGGGAUUCUCACUUCGGAAAACACUGCUGAAAAUCGGGAGCAAAUUCUUCGACGCUGGGUUGGCAACAAAAAACAGAAAUACAAGGAUCAGGAAAAGCUGGUAGAUUUGAUGAAAACACCAGAGGGUGUAAAACAGGUUCAGGAACAAGAGGCUAUUGUCAAAGGUAUUGCUAGGAAAAGACGAAUGCUAAUCAAGAUUGUAGACGCCCGCAAGGCUGUUGUGGUUAGGUACUUUGGCAAAGAUUCUAGCGAGUAUGCAAUGGUGGAUCAUAUGGAGAUUCAUUCCGAAGACGAAAUCAUGUCCUCAGGCUCGUCAGUCGGUCGCAAAAAAAAACGUCUCCAGUGGAGAAGCACCAAACUCGAUACUUUCAUUGGCUUGCUUGACAAAGCCCACAAGAGUCGCAAGAAAAUCUUUCCCAAAGAAAGACGAGCUGCUGCUGCUUUGGUGGACCGCGGUCCAUAUGCCCCUGAGGCUGACACUGAACGCUUUCCGCCUAAAGGUUUCCAAAGUUCAUUGAUCUCUCCAACCUGGAUCAAAUCUCAAGAGGGAUUGGUCAUUGCCGAGUUGGAUUUGAACGCCGACGAACCAGUAGACAUCAACUCAGCCAUUGAUGAUAUCAGUCUGUCUUUAAGGUCUGCAGAAAGCAUGAAGUCCGACAUAAGAGAUGAUAAUAUGACUCAAUGA